UUCCAGGAUUUUCACAGAUUUAUGACGUGUGAUAGGUCUUCCUCGGAUUCACUCUUGGAUUUCAUGCUAAACUUAUACCGAACAAGUGCACAUAGAUGUUAGCCAAAUUAUAAGAUCUAGUUUUGCGCGGUUAUGGCUGAUGGUGGUUUGUAUGCUAAGAAAUUGAUAUUGGCUCCUAUGGUUCGAGCUGGUAGAACACCACUCAGAACUUUGGCACUGGAGUAUGGUGCUGAUCUAGUGUAUACAGAGGAAAUCAUUGAUCAGAAAUUGUUAGGUUCUCAACGAACAAUAAAUGAUAUACUUGGAACAACUGAUUAUACCUAUGAAGAUGACGUCGUUUUGAGGAUAUGUAAUCGAAUUGAGAAACAGAAAUGUGUCUUACAGAUUGGAACAAAUGAUGCACAGAGAGCAGCGAAUGUCGUUAAAAAAGUCGAAAACGAUGUAGCGGCAAUUGACAUCAACAUGGGAUGUCCGAAACCAUUUUCCAUAGCUGGGGGUAUGGGUGCUGCUUUGUUAGGAAGUCCUGAAAGGGCGAAAGAGAUAGUACAGACAUGUGUUUCCAUUUCAACAAUUCCAGUCUCUUGCAAAAUGCGUGUCUUAGAUAAGCGGGAGGAUACGCUCGAAUUUGUGAAAAUGCUCGAAAGAUGUGGUGUUUCGGCAAUUGGUAUACAUGGUCGACGUAGAAGUGAAAGACAAAGUGAUAUGAAUCGUCUAAAUGAAAUUCAUGAAGUUACUCGAGUAGUUUCUGUGCCAGUUAUUGCGAAUGGAUUCUCUGGUUCAAUUAAAGAAUAUGCAGAUAUUAUGAGGUUUUGGAAACAAAGUGGUGCAAGUAGUGUGAUGAUAGCAAGAAAAGCUCUCAGUAACCCGAGUAUAUUUCGUCCCAAAGGUUUCAUAUCAUUCGAGGAAGAAAUAUGCGGAUUUCUAGAAAUGGCUUGCAAAUAUGAUGAAAACUUUACCUCAACAAAAUAUGUGGUACAGAGGAUUCUUGGAUCUAAACAGGAAACUGAUGAACGUGGGCGGGAAACUGUCUUAGCAGGAAGUGUUUCAGAUAUCUGUAAAGCGUGGUCCAUUAGUGAUACGUAUCAGUGUUAUAAAAAUAUUGGAAGGCGAGCAACGCAAAAGCGAAGAUUUGAAGUGGACAGUGAAACGGGAAUAAGUUUUAUUGAUCUCACAUUUCCACCGAACCCGUCUUUAUUUGGAUCUUUAAAUAUUGGGAUGCCAUCUUGCUGUCCGGUUUUGCGAUGCAAUAUCUCUUCCCAUGUAAGCGACUUAAAGAUAGAAGUGGAGCGGUAACUCCGAAAUGUAUCUUAAAUGCUUUUUGUGAUGAAAGUGGAAUCAAGCGACCGGUUUACCAAUGCAAGCUUCGUGCGACUGACAAAAGAUAUGAGGCGACCAUUGAAGUUGAUAGUAGAAAAUUCUCAUCGCGCAUUGGACAACCAAACAAAAAAAUGGCCGAACAGGUGGCAGCACUGGCCGCUUUGGUUGGUCUUGGUAAGCGUGAAAAGUUGCCUGGUGAUUGGGAAGAAUUGUGAAAUACUCGUUACAUUUGAAAUGUUCGCUUAAAAUCUGCUACGAUACUUGAUUGUUGUUAUUCUUGAUAAUUUUAUGGGAUUUCUGAAAUCCGAAAGUUUUCAGAAGUUUUCGUGACGAUCUGGUCACCGCUUCUUUAUCUUUAAGGAAGAAGUAGGUUUCGUUAAUUAAAUGUCUAGAAUAUAUCUGCCAAACAGUAAUUAUACAUCAUGGUAGCAUAAGAAUAAAAUGGAGAAUCAGGAC